GCAAGAAUAUUAUCAUAUCGGUAACCGUCUUCAUCCUUUCCAUCGAAGCUUGCAGUAAGAGCCGUGAGGGUAUUUGUUGGCCUAGCAGUACCAUUUCGCCCAGUUCCUAGCUCGGCGUUUUCAACUUGAGGAUCAUUUAGUAACCCCUUUCUUUUUAGUGGAACUGUGAUUUUAGAAAACAUUAACCAUGGCGAUUAUAGCAGCACCCAAAGGCAUGGAUCGUGCUUUGAUCACGAAGAUGGGCGCCAAAUACGACACUAACGCCGAAGCUGAAGUAAAACAGUGGUUAAAGGAACUGUUAGAUGUUGACAUUGGUUCUGGUACAUUUGAAGUAGAGAAAAGUCUCCGAAACGGAAAGAUUUUAAUGGAUCUCGUAAUUAAAAUUUAUGAAGGCACACCUAACAAACCACCAAAAUGUGACCAUAUAAAGUUAAAAGUUAACGCACCAACGUCUCACUUCAAACAGAUGGAAAACAUAGAACUAUUUCUGAAGGCUUGUAAUGCGUAUGGAGUUAAACAGUCAAGUUUAUUCUUGACCUCCGAUCUAUUCGAAGGAAGGAAUAUGGCUAUGGUCCUGGCGACCAUUUUGCAAUUGGGAACUGAGGCGCAAAGACACGGAUUCAAUGGGCCAACAUGUGGAUCAAAGCCAACUGAAAAACACGUCACUAACUUCUCUGAAGAACAAUUAAGAGCUGGAGAAUGUAUUAUUGGUCUCCAAGCAGGAACAAACAAACUAGCUUCCCAGAAAGGAAUGAGCAUUGGAUCAGUCCGACACGUUGCUGAUAUCAAAGUAGAAGACCAGUGUUCAGAAGGACAGGGUGUUAUCGGUCUUCAAUCAGGUACAAAUAAAUUCGCUUCCCAGAAAGGUAUGUCCUUCGGAGCUGUUCGUCAUAUUGCUGACAUCCGUGCUGAUGAUGCUUGUUCUGAAGGUCAGGGAGUCAUUGGCCUCCAGUCUGGUACCAACAAAUGUGCCAGUCAGGCUGGCAUGGUGAUGGGAGCUGUAAGACACGUCUCUGAUAUCCGAUGUGAUAAUGCUAUUCAGGAUGGACAGGGUGUCAUUGGUCUCCAGUCCGGUACAAACAAAUUCGCCUCCCAGAGCGGUAUGAGUUUCGGUUCAGUCCGCCACAUUGCUGAUAUCCGAGCUGAUGAUCAAGCACAGGAUGGACAGGGAAUUAUUGGUUUACAAUCCGGAUCUAACAAAUUUGCCUCCCAAAAAGGUAUGUCUUUCGGAGCUGUACGUCACGUAUCUGACAUCCGUGCUGAUAAUGCUACUCAGGAUGGUCAGGGAAUUAUUAGUCUCCAGUCAGGUACCAACCAGUUUGCAUCACAGAAGGGUAUGAUGGGUAUGGGUGCUAUGAGGCACAUUUCGGAUAUCAAAGUUGAGGAUAUGGCUGCUGAAUCAAAAUCUGCUAUUAAUCUACAGUAUGGUAACCCAUCUGGUGCCAACCAGUCUGGUAUGUCCUUUGGUGGCCGAAGAGAUAUCAUGAAAACAAAGCGAGCAGAGGCUGUAACCGAAGAGGACUCUUAAUGGACUCAACUAAACAAGAAACUGUUCCGUGCCAGGGUUGAAUGCACUUAAAAUACUGGAAAUCAAUUCAAAUCCCAGAAUCACUUACUGAUAUGAAAUAAACGUGAUUACCUUUC